GACUGUUGUUUCUGAUGAAGAAAGAGCUCCACCCUCGGCCACUGCCACAGCUGCUCUGCCAAUAACAAAGGCACAGCAUUUUCCCUCUGUGCAUCUCCAACAUGGAUGCUUUUCAGGGCAUUUUAAAAUUCUUCCUUAAUCAGAAAACUGUUAUUGGCUACAGCUUCAUGGCUCUGCUGACCGUGGGAAGUGAGCGUCUCUUUUCUGUUGUGGCUUUUAAGUGCCCCUGCAGCACUGAGAAUAUGACCUAUGGGCUGGUUUUCCUCUUUGCUCCUGCCUGGGUGUUACUGAUCCUGGGAUUCUUUCUGAACAAUAGGUCGUGGAGACUCUUCACAGGCUGCUGUGUGAAUCCCAGGAAAAUCUUUCCCAGAGGCCACAGCUGCCGUUUCUUCUACGUCCUUGGCCAGAUCACUCUGAGCUCAUUGGUGGCUCCAGUGAUGUGGCUUUCUGUGGCUCUGCUCAAUGGAACUUUCUAUGAAUGUGCCAUGAGCGGGACGAGAAGUUCAGGACUCCUGGAACUGAUUUGCAAGGGUAAGCCCAAAGAGUGCUGGGAAGAACUUCACAAAGUAUCUUGUGGCAAAACUAGCAUGCUACCUACCGUCAAUGAAGAACUGAAACUCUCCCUUCAGGCCCAGUCUCAGAUUCUAGGAUGGUGCCUGAUUUGUUCAGCAUCUUUCUUCUCUCUACUCACCACAUGUUAUGCUCGCUGCCGUUCUAAAGUUAGCUACCUUCAGCUGAGUUUUUGGAAGACAUAUGCACAAAAGGAGAAGGAGCAGUUGGAAAAUACAUUUCUGGACUAUGCCAACAAGCUGAGCGAGAGGAACCUGAAAUGUUUUUUUGAAAACAAGAGGCCAGAUCCUUUUCCCAUGCCUACGUUUGCUGCCUGGGAGGCUGCUUCAGAGCUGCAUUCUUUCCACCAAAGCCAGCAACACUAUAGCACCCUCCACAGAGUGGUGGACAAUGGUCUGGAACUUAGCCCUGAGGAUGAUGAGACGACAAUGGUCCUUGUGGGUACUGCCCACAAUAUGUAGCUCAUCCACCAUCACUGACUCAUGGUGUUGAGUGGUAUGCUCAUUCUGGGAUCCUCCUAAUGUAUCACCAGCAACCUGUGUAUCUCUGUAUUUUCUUACAUUUGGAGUAUCUUUACAAGACAAUAACACAAAGGAAACUGCUUUGAAGCUCUCAAGUGGAGCAUCAGGAUGUGCUCAAAUUGAUGCUGAGGGGUGACAAAGGUACUCUUGCAUUGGUGGAGCUUUGGGCUCAGUAGGCCCAAAUGUUGCUCCAAGAUCUAAGAUUAUAUCGUUCAACAGACAGACUCAUGUGAGAGGGCUCAUCAGUCUCCGUAAAUAUUGGUUGCAGAAGUUAGGGGUAGAAGCAAUGGCUUGUGAGUGAGCAAGUUACUGUUAACAUAAGUUGCCCUACACAGUGGCUCCUGCAGUGUGAUCAGCAGGGGUCUCUGUCCUACAAAUCUAUCCUUUUAAGGAUGUAUGAAAUUCUGGAAUUCAUUCCCUCAGAAUCCGAAGACCCCAGUUCUCAAAAAUGACAAGUUGCAAGAAUAUGAUACCUAAAACUGAAAGUUUUUCACAUGUUUUCACUGUAUACUGAAAAUACGCCCCUGGAAGCAGGGCUGCAUCAUGAUUUUUGUGGGCUUUAUGUACUUUUGCCUUUGUGAACCACUUCCUACAUUCAAAAUAGUAGUAACAAAUAUAUAUA